AGGUUGGGGGGUGUGGCCAGAGGCUGACCCGGAAGCAGAAGUGACUCCCACAAGCGGAGUGCUGGGAAGCGACAGAAGCGACCGCAGCGGGAGAAGCAGCAAUUUAUCUGGUUGCGGCUACAAUCUCGGAAGAAGAUGCUAAUUAAAGUGAAGACACUAACUGGAAAGGAAAUUGAGAUUGACAUUGAACCCACAGACAAGCCUCUGACUACUUGCCCUCUAAAGGUGGAGCGAAUCAAGGAACGUGUGGAGGAGAAAGAGGGAAUACCCCCACAACAGCAACGGCUCAUCUACAGUGGCAAACAGAUGAAUGAUGAGAAGACAGCAGCUGAUUACAAGAUUCUAGGUGGUUCAGUUCUCCACCUGGUGUUGGCUCUGAGAGGAGGAGGUAGUCUCAGGCAGUGACAGACCUUCCUUCCAGUUCACCUCCUUACGCUGUUGCUCAUAAUGAGGCAUCAUAUAUCCUUCACUCUCUGGGACACCAGAGCCACUCCCCCCUCCCCUGGAUGCCCAGUCUUGUGUGUGGUGGGAGAAUGUGAGGACCCCAGGAUGCAAUGUUCCUGGCCCAAAGGGCCCCUGCUGGCUAUUGGGUUUUAAUUUGCAGUCCUGUGUGCUUCCCUCUCUUAUGGCUAUGUCCCUAGUUGUCAAUAAAAUAUUUCCUGGCCUCCUGUAA